AUGCCGCCUCGCAAAAAGUCGCAGGCUUCUGCGACCGUGCCCGGUCGGCGCCCCUCGGAGGCUAUGAACCAUUCCGCGACCGAUCCUUCGAGGAGAAAACGUGCUUCCUUUGCCGUCAACGAGGGCCAACGUGCCGCCAAUGCUCCCGGCCAUGAACAGGCGGCUCCUCGGGCCAAGUCCAAUGCCAAACCUCGAGACCCUUUCGAUGCACUUCUGGAGCCUUUCUACUACAACAAGUCGCUCACGGAUCCGAUCAAUACGGCAAAGGACAAAUGGAACCUACUGCCCGCAUUCCUCAAGGUCAAAGGUUUGGUCAAGCAGCAUAUUGACUCAUACAACUACUUCGUCGAGGUGCAGCUGAAGAAAAUUGUGGAGUCAAGCGCUAUAAUCCAGAGUGAUGUCGACCACCGGUUCUACGUCAAGUUUACGGAUGUCUAUGUUGGAUCGCCUCGACGUGCCGAUGAAAUGCAGGAUGCCGGUGUUGAAUUCGAGUCGGACGUCACCCCACAGGAGUGCCGACUUCGCGACACCACAUAUGCGGCACCGAUUUUCGUUGAUUUUGAGUACGCUAGGGGAGGACAGAGAGUUCAUCGUAGGGGAGUCUCAAUUGGUCGGAUGCCAGUGAUGCUCCGCAGCUCCAAGUGUGCGUUGGCAAACAAAUCCCCCGCGCAAAUGACUGUUCUUAACGAGUGCCCACUGGACCCUGGUGGCUAUUUUAUUGUGAACGGAACGGAAAAGGUCAUUCUUGUCCAAGAACAGUUGAGCAAGAAUCGUAUCAUUGUGGAGACCGACCCAAAGAAGGAGAUCGUUCAGGCCUCGGUUACCAGUUCUUCCAACGAGCGAAAGUCGAAGAGUUACAUCGUGUUGAAGAAAGAUCGACUGGUCGUGAAGCAUAACGUGCUGAGUGAGGAUAUUCCAAUUGUGGUCUUGCUCAAGGCCAUGGGAAUCCAUACCGAUAAGGAGAUGCUUCAGCUGGUUGCUGGCUCUGACAGUGUCUAUCAGGACGACUUUGCGAUCAAUUUCGAGGAAGCUAUCAACCUGGGUAUUCACACUCAGCAGCAGGCUCUGGAAUGGAUUGGCAGUCGUAUCAAGAUCAACCGCAAGCAAGGUGCCUACCGCAGAACCCAUGUUCAAGAGGCAUUGGAGGCUAUCGCAUCCGUUAUCAUCUCCCACAUUGAAGUCAAGAACAUGGAUUUCCGACCGAAGGCCAUCUACGUGGCUCAUAUGGCCCGUCGUGUCCUUAUGGCCAAAAACGAUGCAUCCAUGGUGGAUGACCGCGACUACCUUGGAAACAAACGCCUGGAACUGGCAGGGCAACUGUUGGCCUUGCUAUUCGAAGAUUUAUUCAAGAAAUUCUGCUACGAUAUCAAGAUGAAUGUCGACAAAGUUCUAAACAAGCGAAACCGCGCCGAACAAUUUGAUGCCUGGAGCGUGAUGAGCAUGCACGGCAAUCAUAUUACCCAAGGAAUGAAUCGCGCCAUUUCCACUGGAAACUGGAGCUUGAAGCGUUUCCGCAUGGAGCGGGCUGGUGUUACUCACGUGCUGAGUCGCCUCAGCUACAUUGCUGCCCUUGGUAUGAUGACUCGUAUUAGCAGUCAGUUCGAAAAGACUCGGAAGGUCAGUGGCCCUCGUGCGUUGCAGCCAUCUCAAUUUGGCAUGCUGUGCCCUGCGGAUACACCCGAAGGUGAAGCAUGCGGUCUGGUCAAGAAUUUGGCUCUUAUGACACAUAUCACCACCAACGACGAGGAAGGCCCGGUGCGGAACUUGAUCUUUAUGCUAGGCGCAGAAGACAUUGCCACUGUCAGCGGAAUGGAGUUGUAUGCACCCGGAACUUAUACCAUCUCUAUCAACGGUACACCGACGGCUUUGACUAGACGCCCGAAGCACUUCCUCAACUCUUUUCGCCGACUCCGUCGUAUGGGUCGUAUUUCAGAGUUCGUGAGCAUCUACAUCAACCAUCAUCAAAGUUCGGUGCAUGUCGCUACGGAUGAUGGACGUAUUUGCCGACCACUUAUCAUCGUGGAGGACGGCAAAUCGCGCGUUCGGCGUUACCACCUGAAGAAACUGCGCGAUGGUACCAUGUCUUUCGACGAUUUCCUGGCCCAAGGUCUUGUCGAAUAUCUUGAUGUGAACGAAGAGAAUGAUUCCUACAUCUCUAUCUAUGAGAAGGAUAUCAACGAAGCCACGACACACCUUGAGAUCGAGCCCUUCACUGUUCUCGGUGCUGUAGCUGGUCUUAUCCCUUACCCCCACCACAACCAAUCUCCCCGAAACACAUACCAAAGUGCCAUGGGUAAACAAGCCAUUGGAGCAAUUGCGUCGAACCAGUUCCAGCGAAUCGAUUCCAUUCUCUACCUCAUGGUAUACCCGCAGAAGCCGAUGGUCAAGUCUCGGACCAUCGAGCUGACCAAAUACGACCAGCUCCCCGCUGGACAAAACGCUACCGUUGCUGUCAUGAGUUACUCUGGUUACGAUAUUGAGGAUGCCCUGGUUCUGAACAAGGGCUCAGUGGACCGUGGAUUCGGACGCUGCCAGGUCUUCCGCAAGUACGUUACGAAUCUUAAGAGUUAUCCCAGUGGCUUGAAGGAUGAGCUCGUUGGCCCAGAAUAUGAGAAUGAUGCACCGAUUCUCAAGCAUGCACUGCUUGAGGCUGAUGGUCUGGCCGCAGUCGGCGAGAAGGUCAAGUCGGGUGAGGUCUACGUCAACAAAAGAGUCCCAGAUCAAGCACACACCAUGGGAUUCAUGGGAUCCGACUCUAGUAAACCCAUCUCCUGGAACCCCGCACCGAUGGCCUACAAGCUCCCCGACCCGGCGUAUAUCGACAAGGUCAUGCUGUCCGCCACCGAGGGCGAGACACGCUUGAUCAAAAUCUUAACCCGUCAGACCCGUCGACCUGAGGUUGGCGACAAGUUCUCGUCUCGCCAUGGUCAAAAGGGUGUCACUGGUAUCAUCGUCGAUCAAGCCGACAUGCCCUUCACCGACCAAGGCAUCAAUCCGGACAUUAUCAUGAACCCCCACGGUUUCCCGUCUCGAAUGACAGUCGGUAAGAUGUUGGAAUUGGUGUCUGGUAAAGCUGGCGUUCUAUCCGGUCAACACGGCUACGGUACUUGCUUCGGAGGCAGCCCUGUCGAGGAGAUGUCGCAGAUCUUGAUCGACCACGGCUUCAGCUACGGUGGCAAGGACAUGCUCACUUCCGGUAUUACGGGCGAGCCCCUCCCAUUCUACGUCUUCACCGGCCCGAUUUACUACCAGAAGCUGAAGCACAUGGUUCAAGACAAGAUGCACUCGCGUGCACGUGGUCCCACUGCCACUCUAACUCGCCAGCCCACCGAAGGUCGUUCGCGUGACGGUGGUCUUCGUCUGGGUGAGAUGGAGCGCGACUGUCUGAUUGCCUACGGAACCAGCCAACUUCUGCUCGAGCGUCUCAUGAUCUCCUCCGAUCGACACGAAGUGGACAUCUGCGAAAAGUGUGGCUUCAUGGGAUAUCUGAACUGGUGCCCCGGAUGCAAGUCUUCUCGCUCCGUUGUCAAGAUGGUCAUGCCCUAUGCCGCCAAGCUUCUUAUUCAGGAGCUGAUGAGUAUGAAUGUAGCUCCGCGGUUGAAGCUGGAUGAUGAGUUCCCUGAGAUGAAGGGUCGGUAG